AUGCCGCACCGCAAAGCAGACGAGUUGUCGGUCGCAGAGGCCCGAAAGGAGGUCCAUGAGGUUUCAACUUCCAAAUCUCCAACACCAGCACAAGAAAAACGCGGUUCAACCUUGAUUAAUUUCUUCUCGUCCUUCCUUGGUCCUAAAAACCCCCUCGUACGCCCAGCAGACCCACGCGAGCACACCGUAUGGCUGCUAGACAACACUGCGUACCAACCGGUGAAUGAGGAGACAGACGAGAACCCGCUGUGCUGGCACGCCGAGGUAGUCGCUUGUAUCUUUGAAACAGGAGGCCGAAAGGACGCGGGAAACCUCGUCGCUGCGAUCGCCGACCACAUCGGGCUUGACGGCGAGAUGGGCAUCGACGACGAAGCACGCCGACGCAUCACAGAGCGCGUUCAACCUUUUCUCAACCAGGUCUCACCGGCGUGCACGGUCACGCUACAGGUACCCCUAUCCCGGCCGGCGCAGUCGCACGGACUCGGCCCGUCCGAUCGCUAUGGCAUUGUCAGCCAGACAGUCGACAUGGGCCAAGUUAAGAUUUACGACGGGGCUGUUGUGCGACCGCGGCUGCAGAAUUUCGGUGACGAGGCUGUGUCGAUGCACACGACUUUUGCUGCGCCUGAGGGCUGGCUGGUUGUCUCGGACGUUGACGAUACCAUCAAGCACACUAUGACGCUUGAGCCGACGGGGAUGAUUCGCACUACGUUUGCGGAUAUCCCUGAGCCCAUCGCUGGCAUGCCGGAGCUCUAUAGAUAUGUUCAUGCCGAGCUACUUCCUGCAUGGUUUUAUCUCUCCGCGUCGCCGUACAAUCUUUAUCCUUUCCUGCAUGACUUCCUGGAUGAAUACUACAGUCCGGGGACAUUGGUGCUUCGUGAUUAUUCGUGGAUGGAUAUCACGGGGCUUAUCAAGUCGUUCACGGAGAAGACGCAGGAAUACAAGGUUGAUCGGAUGGAGAAAAUUAGAGGGUGGUUCCCGCGUCGGAGGGUGCUCUGCAUAGGGGACUCGACACAGCAGGAUCCAGAGGCCUAUGCGGAGAUGUAUAGUCGGUAUCCCGAGUGGAUUCAUGCUAUAAUCAUUCGCAAGGUUAGGGAUGUGGCGCAUAUAGAAGAGAAGAAUGCACCGGAGAGGUUUGAAAAGGCGUUUGAGUCUGUGCCAUCGCAUAUUUGGACGGUCUUUGAGGAUCCGAAGGAGUUGUAUAAUUUUAUUGAUGGGCUCGGUAUGGAGGACCAGGUGUUGUAG